GUGACGGAGCUGGUGGUUUGUAACUGUCAGUCCAGCGACGGCGAGGUGGAGGGACUGACAGACGAGUUGACGGAGUUGCAGAGCCUCAGCAUGGUCAACGUGGGCCUCAGCUCGCUUGCUAAACUGCCGGCUCUUCCCAAACUACGCAAGCUGGAGGUCAGUGAUAACGCCAUCUCUGGUGGUUUGGACACGCUGGCAGAGAAAUGUCCCAACCUGACCUACCUGAACCUGAGCGGGAACAAGGUCAAGGAGCUGAGCACCUUAGAGGCUCUGCAGAACCUGAAGAACCUGAAGACUCUGGAUCUGUACAGCUGUGAGGUCACCACGCUGGAUGACUACAGGGAUGGCGUCUUUGACCUGCUGCCUCAGAUCGCUUGCCUGGACGGGUACGACCAUGAGGGCAUCGAGGUUCCCGACUCAGAGGCCGAGGACGAGGAAAACUGUGAAGCUGGACCUCAUGGAGGAGAUGAUGACGAAGAUGAAGAGGAGGAGGAGGAGGACUCUGAAGGGGAGGAGGAGGUUGGCCUGUCAUACCUGAUGAAGGAGGGCAUUCAGGAUGAAGAGGACGAUGGAGACUACGUUGAGGAGGAGGAAGAGGAAGAAGAGGAGGAUGACGAAGAGGGAGGUUUGUGCGCUGAGUCCACACGUGAAGAGACGUCAAACCUGUUACGGCGAAACCCACAAGACCGCUGAUCUCAGACACGCCCGAAUGAGGACAGUGCCGGUGUUCGUGGUGAGAAGAGGAAGCGGGACCCAGAGGACGACGUGGACGAAGAUGAUGAAUAGUUUCUAACCACCUCGUGACCUCUGACACACAGCGACCCCCACACGCUCUCCUCUAGUGACCUUUGACCCUGCCAGGCAUCACGCUGCCUCAGAGCAACAGAGGGACAGGUAACAGAACACCGCGAUCCGGAUCAGACUGGAUUCACACCCCAAAUAAACAAUCAGAGCACAAACUGCACACGGCUAACACGGAAGACCCGAAUCACGAACCCGAGCGGCUCCGGCCUCAUGUUAUCAGAAAAGGUUUCUCUCAAUGAGAUUUCUUUGAGUUUAUGCUGCAGAGAGACAAAGAGGGCGCUGUUUAGCCCAACACUGCUGUUAGCAUUAACUGUCAGCCACAAACGUGUUUUCGGCAUUCUGACUAAUUUUUCUGAAUCUUCCAGGAAACGUGACAAAGGUCACGUAUGGCAAUUUUACAUCAAAAUACAACCAACAUACCAAAAAUAAUCAAAUCAUCAUUCUGGAAUCAUUUAUAAAUAUGUGACUGAUGUGGAAAAACUCUGGCAAGUCUUCAAACUAUUCUACCAAAUAAUCAUUUCAAACAUUUUGAAGACAAUCUGAUACGUGAGAAAAACAAAAAACUAGAUUUUUUUUUAGAAUUUUUUUUUUUUUAGGGACUAUUGAAAAAUAAACAUGAAAGAUUUCCAUUUGAUUCAGUUACAGUUCAGAAUAUUUUCUUAACUUAAAACAGCAGGUUUAAAGGGUUUCUAAGCUGAAUUUUAGUGCGGAGCCCUCAGAUGUCCAACAAACAUCAUCACUAGAACCAAAGAAACCCGGCCAGCCCUGUCACAAGUACGCGAUGUGUUCAGGUACCGUUGGACACAGAGCCGUUCCAGCAGGAACCAGGAAUGCUCAUGUGGUUCCUGUUGUCCAGGUGGGACUGUUUGUAAUACCAGGGGAAGUCUAUUCGUGACACCGCAGGUCUGUGGAGCUUUCCUCACCUUCACCUUUAUGGCGUCACGUUUGUCUCACUGACACUGAGCUGGAAGUUUGGGGAAAAUGGAUCAAAACAGCCGAGAUUUUCAAAGUGCUCAUCCGUCUAACUCCGCUGUCCGUUUAAUAUGAUCAGAGGCCUGUUAUAAAAACUAUGAACUCUGCCUGUUUAAAAAGAAACAGCAAAACUUUAUGCAUUUGUUAAAAUUUUUUUCUUUAUUCUCAAAGUCAAAACAAAUUCCUCCAACAUGAUCUGAAUUAAAUAAAAACGCAGCACAAAGUAAGUAGACAUCUAAAACCCGUCGCUGUUCCAGCCAGCGGCCUGCCGAGCAGCUCUGAUUGGACGUGUUUUUGUCCAGUUACCACUUCAGCACUAAAGUCUCCACCAAAAUUCACAUGGGAAUUUCAGUUGUAUUGCCAGCUGUGUCGGUGUUCCUUACAGCAGUGCACUCUGGGAGUCGUAGUCCACUUAAGGUUUGAGACGCUCUGCUAUCUGUAAAAAAACAAAAAAAUACAAAACCAGAAAGCAAAUUCGGUGUUGCUGAUCGAACGGUCCCCUCUAAAAAUUGGUCCGCUCUGCUUUCACUGUGCAUGCGUCAUCAGCCGCGGUUCACUGAUUAUUCCCUCGUUUCUGCUUCAAACUGCCUCCAGUCAUCAUCUGUCUCAGCCACAGAUAUCUGAAGCUUUUGUACAACAAUCAUUUACACAUAAACUCAGCAUUAUUUCAUUAUAAAAGACAUGAAUCGAUUAGAGUGCCACGGCUAAACAUGCUGCUAGCUGAUGCGUUCAUUGUGCGUCGGUCAUUUCAAAGUGUCACAGAAAUUCACAAAAUAUCUGCUCACAAAUGACUUUAAAAUGAUUUGAGAGGUUUUACUUUGUCAUCUGAUGGUUAAUAAUCACAUUAAUCCCUUUGAUCACUUUGGGUGAAGAGAGUCAGACUCAGAGAGUCAGACUCAGACGUGCUGCUGUAGUCCAAAACGUGCAGUGAAGGCAGCGGACCGUUCGGUCUGUGACACCGGACUGUUACCAUAGGAAAUGGGAGCAUAACUCUGCCCACUUGUCUGUCCGUCUGCGGCUCUGCGUUUGGUUCGCCGCCUUUUUCUGAUCAGUUUGUGUAAAUAGAAACAUUUUGGUGGUGAAGUUUAAAGGGGCGGAGCUUGUUUUUUUUAAUAGUUACAUCUGUAUUCUGAUUUUGUGACAUUGAGUGUUUUUAAAUAAAAAUGAUUAAAAUGA